UCUGGAGAGUGGAGGACAGAAAAACUGACCUGAGAUCAGCCGAAUACUCCUCCACUUACAGCGCAAGAACGCAUGCGCAGGAGGGGCAGUAUUCUGUCAUGGCCCCGCUCAGGGAGGCAUUGUGUUGGGAGAGAAGUAUAAAAGCCCCCUUCAGCAGUACACGGUUAACGUUACUGAUGGACAUCAGUUGUUGAAUUCAGGAUGAAUGACAUGAACCUGAGUCCUGUGGGCAUGGACCAGCUCAGUGUGCCCUCAGUGAGUGCCAGCCACCUGGGUCUGCCCACCUCCCCCACACACAACCCUAUUCCCCCCCCAGGCAUGCCAGUGGCCAUCCCCAGCCUGGGUCCUUCCCUGGGCUCCCUUCCUUCUGCCCUCUCGCUGAUGCUCCCCAUGGGUCCGCUGAGUGACAGAGGAGUGAUGUGCGGCCUGCCAGAGAGGAACUACUCCUUGCCGCCGCCUCCAUACCCCCACCUGGAGAGCAGCUACUUCCGAAACAUAUUGCCAGGUAUCCUGUCCUAUCUGGCCGACCGUCCACCACCUCAAUACAUUCAUCCCAGCAGCCUUAACAUGGACGGGCCCCUCUCUGUGGCCAGCAACAAUCCUUCAGGUCUGGACCCCUACAGUGGCCCUGGAGGCCCACUGGAGCAGGGCCUGGUGUCCAUGGACUCCAGACAGGUCAGCAGCCAGGGAGACCUCCACCAGACUGGUGCUCAUGAGCUGGACUCUACAGGUUUGGCCAUGGAGUCACGUGUCAGCAGCCCCAUGUCCCCUGACCGGAUGGGAGAGGAGCUGGCCACCAUGGACGGAGUCGGGGUGGUGGCGGUGUCUGAUAACCAGCAGCAGCUCGGAGGGGGAAGGCAGCCUCAGCCGCAUGAGGGCCUGACUGGGGUGGACUCAUCUGGUGGGGUGAUGCCCCUACACGGGCCCCCUGUGCUCGAACUACCAGUGGUGAUGGAGCAGGAUCAUAUGGGGGGCCAAGUGGGGAACGCUGGGGGAGGAGGUGCAGGAGGACUUGGGGAGCAGCUCCACACAAAUGGGGAGCUGAACUCAGGCGUUGUCAGUGUGGUGCUCACUGGCUCCAUGGCCAGCCAGGGCCAACUGGAGCCGGUGUCGCUCCAUGGACACUCUGGGAUGGGGCUGGAGGCAGUAAAUGUGUCCCCCAUAACUGCAGAGGUGUCGUUGGGGCCAGAAAACAACCUGGUGCUGGUCAAUUCCACCCUGCAGCUAGAGGAUUCUACCUCCAACAAGGAGAACAUGGUCACUGCCUACACCAUCUGGUGCACACUUUGUGAGCGCUCAUAUACCUCAGACUGCCCGGAGCACGGCCCAGUCACCUUCAUCCACGACGCAGCCAUCCAAAGCCGGGCUCGCCUCUCUCUGCCGCGUCCACUGUGCCUGCGCAUCUCAGUGGCUGACGAACCGCUUGGAGUUUUUGCACGUGAUGUCAUUCCUCCAAGGACCUGCUUUGGACCAAUGGUGGGCCAGCAUUGUAGCAACGUGGAUCUCUCUGAUUGGCCAGAAAAGGACACGCCACAAAUAUGGAAGAUGUACCACAACAAUGUGCUGGAAUUCUACAUCGUGACAACAGAUGAGAAUGAGUGCAACUGGAUGAUGUUUGUCCGCAAAGCAAGGACCCGUGAGGAGCAGAACCUUGUGGCGUACCCUGCCAACGGUAAACUGUUCUUCUGUACAACCACAGAAAUCCACCCGGACCAGGAGCUGCUCUUCUACUACAGCAGAGACUACUGCAGGCUGAUGGGUGUUCCUCAGGUGCCUGAGGGCCAGAUCUGCCAAUGUGGCAAAGAGUGCUCCUCCUUCUCUGAGCUCAAGUCUCAUCUUAGCAGCCAUAACAGUAACCACAGCCAUAACCAACCUCCACACAGCCACAGCCCAUCGCAGCAGGACCACUCUCAGCAGCAGCAACAACCACAGCAACAACCACAGCAACAGCAACAAGAGCAACAACCACAGCAACACACUCACCAGGAAGAGAAGCUGACCAAUGGGACCUCGAGCUCCUCCUCUUCCCCGUGGCCCUGCCACGCCCACGCUGCAGGACAAACAAACAGUGAUAACCACAGCAGCAGGGGCAGCAGCAAUAGAAACUCUAAUAAUGUUACCUCCAGAGCAAAAGGUCAGGGUCAUGUACGGGAGAAGAAAUUCAAGUGCAGCAUGUGUUCCCGGGCUUUUAUCACAUCCACUAAGCUCAACGUGCACUUCAUGGGGCACGUGGGGAUGAAACCUCACAAGUGUGAAUACUGCAGUAAGGCGUUCAGCGAUCCCAGCAACCUCAGGAUGCACCUCAAGAUUCACACAGGUCAGAAGAACUAUAGAUGCACGGUUUGCGAGAAGUCGUUUACCCAGAAAUCCCAUGUGACGUCGCAUAUGCUCAUCCACACCGGUGCAGAGAAGCUCAAGUGUGACCUCUGUGACCGGGCAUUCAUCAGGAAACAUGACCUGAAACAACACAUGUUCUCUCACACACAUGAACGCCGGAUACAGUGCCCAAAGUGCAACAAACAUUUCCUCAAGACCAACCACCUGAAGAAGCACAUGAACUCUCACGAGGGCCGAAGAGACUUUGUCUGCGAGAAAUGCCACAAAGCUUUCCUCACCAAAUACCACCUCACCCGUCACCUCAAGAUAUGCAAAGGGCCCAAGAUGGAAAGAGUGUCCCGUAAGGAGCAGGAUGUGGAUGAGGAAGAAGAAGAAGAAGAGGAGGAGGAGGAAGAAGAAGAGGAGGAGGAUGGUAGGGGAAGAGGAGGAGGAGGCGAUAGAGUUGUUGACUCAGCCAGCAAUGAAGACUGUGGUUUAGAUGUUGGAGGAUAUAACUCUGAAAAGUCCCUGUCACCCCCUCAUUGACAACACUGUGCCUCUUGAGAUGUCUUGUUUAUUUAUUUACUUUACUACAAUACUGACGUUUACCUCUAGUUUUUGCCAAAUAUCAGUUACUUUGUCAAAUUUCAACUGCAACAUCUUAUAAAAUCUGAAUUCUACAACAUAUGUUUAGUCUCACACAAGCAUAUUAGUGCUGCUAAAAUAAUCUUUGUCAUAUGAUAAGCCAACUGAUAAAGAUCUGACUGUAUUUCUACAAAGCCACUCUAUCUUUUAAUUUACCUCAGGCCUGUGUAAUGUUGGUUGAUGGGAUUCAUAUAAGCUAUCUUUCUUUUAUUGUUUUUCCUUAUUCUGUUUUUUCCUUUGACUUACUAACAUGGGGCGAAUAGCUGAUAUUCAUUUCUAGUUGCACAAUAAUGUCAUUUAAAAUUUCUGAUGCCAUAUUCUUGCAUUUUAGUCCUGAUAUUAUGUAAUUGCUAAAUGGCCUGUGCUUUUAUUCUUUAUUUAUUAAAAGCUGAUUUUUUUCCCUUUAAUUUAAAAUGUCUGUGUGAAGUGAGCCUCUUGAAAACAGGAAUCUGGGCGUUGAUGUGAUAUUCCUCAUUGUGUGAGUGUUGACUUUCUGUUAAAAUGUUAUAGCUCCAUCCUGUCUGUUGCAUAAUGUUUUAAUAAAUGAAUAUUUACAGCUGU